AUGGCAGCUCUACCAACCACCGAUACUGUAGUCGCUUUGCAACAACCUGAAGCGCCAACAAAGUCUACAAAUGCACCCCAAUCUACUGGUACUCCGGCUGCCAAUGAAAAACCUUUCAUAAAGAACAAGAAUCACAUUUCGUCAGACUUUGUCUCCCCAGAAGCCACCGCUUCACUUUUUUCCAAACUGACUUAUUCUUGGAUGAAUGCCGUUUUCCUUGCUGGAUUCAAAAGGCCACUUGAAUUGACUGAUAUUUGGCAACUUGGGCCUAAAUGGCGUGUUCAGCCUUUAACAGAACGACUUGAAAAUGCCUGGGCUGCAGAAGGUCGCACUGCACCUUCCUUGAUCACCGCACUAUGGGACCUACUAUUUUGGGAGCUUGCCCCAUAUGGUCUGUUACGACUUGUUUCUGAUAUGGCUGGAGUCUUUGCUCCUUAUUUAAUCAAAUAUGUGGUGACAUUUGUGGUUGAUUCAAGAAUUGCGAUUAUUAGUGGCAAGGAUGCGCCUCCACUAGCUUACGGAAUGGGACUUGCUGUUGCUAUGUUUGCUUUGCAAAUCGUAAGUACUCUGCUACAAAACUUUUUUUUCUAUCUGUCGCUUUCCUCCGGAAUGGCUCUUCGUGCAGCGUUUGUGGGCAUGAUUUAUAGGAAAUCAAUGCGUUUGACAUCGGCUGCUCGUCAAGAUUUUAAUUCAGGAAAAGUCACCAACAUCGUCUCCACUGAUGUUGCACGUAUUGAAACUUUUCUUGGAAUGAUGCAUUCCAUGUGGACUGCUCCAGUUCAAAUUAUAGUUAUUACCAUAUUUUUGAUUUCCCAACUUGGAUAUGCUGCCCUUGUCGGUGUUGCAAUACUGGUUGUUCUUGGUCCAAUGCAAGGAAAGAUAUAUCGCAUUCUCAAUAAUAUUCGCCGUGAAGUUGCCCCACUUGCAGACAAGCGUGUCAAAACAACCCAAGAGGUUUUUCAGGGAAUUCGUGUCAUCAAAUUCUUUAAUUGGGAAAAGCCUUUUUUAAAACAGAUCCAAGAAAUUCGAAAAAAAGAGAUUGCUCUUAUUUUGAGGCAAAACGUAAUCACUGCAUUUGUUAUGACUUUGACAUUUGCUGUUCCAGUGUUUUGUGCAUCUCUUACCUUUGUAAUCUAUGGCAUCAACCAUGACUUGGAACCAGGCCGUAUUUUUUCUUCGCUGACUUGGUUUAAUCAACUGCGAUUUCCACUCAUGUUUUUGCCUCAAAUCAUUGUUGGUUAUGCCGAUUUAAAGGUGGCUUUACAGCGUAUUCAAGCGCUUUUUCUCGCUCCAGAGCUAGUAGAUCAAGCAGAAAUCAGUCCAAAUGCUAUUCAUGCCGUUGAGAUUGUUAAUGGAGAAUUCACAUGGGAUUCACUUCCACCUACUGCACCACCAGUCACUUCAAAACCCGCUUCAAAACAGCGGGGUUAUAGUUUUAAAAACACUUCUAAUUCAGGCACUCCAACAAAUACUUCCGAGAGUACCAUUACUACCGAAAAUACCAAAAAGGUUCCUGAAAUAUCGACCCUUCGUAAACUCAACAUUGCCAUUCCACGAGGAAAACUUGUUGCUAUUGUCGGGUCUGUUGGAUCUGGAAAAUCCAGUUUAUUGAAUGCUCUGGUUGGGGAAAUGAAACAGGUCAGUGGUAAGGUGACUUUUUCUUCGUCACUUGGAUAUGCUCCACAACAAGCUUGGAUCCAAAACACCACCAUCAAAAACAAUAUUUUGUUUGGUUUACCAUAUGAGGAAAGUCGAUAUCUUGCUGCCAUUCGUGACUGUUCACUGGAGCGCGACUUGGCCAUUAUGCAGGAUGGUGAUCGCACUCAAAUUGGAGAGCGUGGUAUCAAUCUCUCUGGCGGCCAAAAACAACGUAUCAAUUUGGCACGCAUGGUAUACUAUAAUAACGACAUUGUUCUUCUUGACGAUCCGCUAUCUGCUGUUGAUGCUCAUGUUGGACGGAGUCUUUUUGAAAACUGUAUUUGUGGUGCACUGGCAGGAAAAACUCGUAUUCUUGUUACACAUCAGUUGCAUUUUUUGCCUCGUGUUGAUUAUAUUAUUGUCAUGUCAAAUGGUGAAAUAUCCGAACAUGGCAGCUAUUCUGAUUUGAUGGCAUCUAAUGGAGAAUUUUCAUCCCUUAUGGGCAACUAUGGUGGUGUUGAUGAAGAUGCAAACGAUGCUGAUUUGAUGGUAUCAGAAGUCGAUCAAAUCGAUAUUGAUGGUAAAAAACGGAACGAAGACGCCGUUAACUCUAAGCGAAUCGGUGAUUCGCUCGCGCUUGCAGCAAAAAAGGACGCUCGAGAGCUUAUGCAAACCGAGGAUCGCGCGACUGGCACUGUAAAAGGGAAUGUCUGGAUGUCCUACUUUUACUCUGCAGGCGGAUGGAUGUUUCUUUUUGGAUUGGUUAUUAUGCUUGUUCUAGUACAAGGCUCUCGUGUUGGCAAUGAUUUUUGGUUGGUCAUUUGGACCAACAAAUCCGUUCCUGCAUUUGUGUCCAAUAGUCAGUAUGUUGGUGUUUAUUGGGCAUGGGGAAUCUUUCAAGCGAUUGCAACUUACCUCUUUGGUGUAUUCUUUGCCUAUCAAGGCACUCGAGCUGCUCGAGUCCUUCAUGAAGGUGCAAUUACACGAGUCAUCAAGGCACCUGUGUUUUUCUUCGAUACCACACCUUUGGGCCGCAUCAUUAAUCGGUUUUCCAAAGAUCAGGAUGGCAUUGAUAAUGCCCUCAUGAACUCAUUUCGUAUGUUUAUCCAAACACUUUCAUCUACGAUUUCUGUAUUCAUUUUGAUCAUUUAUGCCACACCACUUUUUACUGUUGCACUUGUUCCAGUGCUUGCAGCCUAUUACGUUUUGCAGCUUUACUAUCGCGCUACUUCACGCGAGCUGAAGCGACUUGAUUCGCUUAUGCGGUCUCCUUUGUAUGCUCAUAUUGGCGAAACUCUUUCUGGCUUACCUACUAUCCGAGCCUAUCGUGAGCAAGAUCGAUUUAUUGUCAACAACAAUAAGAUGGUGGAUACCAACAACGCCCCAUACUUUUUGCUCCUGGCUGCCCAGCGUUGGAUUUCCCUUCGAUUUGAAAUACUUGGAGGAGUCCUAGUGUUUUUUGCAGCCACUUUUGGUGUGUUGGCCAGAAACAAUCCCAGCUUCACUGCUGCUCUUUUUGGUCUAUCUCUUUCAUAUGCAUUGCAAGUGACCUCGACACUUAAUUGGUGUAUUCGACAAUUUACUGAAACUGAAAUUGCCAUGAAUGCUGUUGAGCGUGUUGAAUACUAUGCCAACAGUGUUGCCAUUGAACCUCCAGAAAUUACCGAUGUUCGACCUCCUUCUGGAUGGCCGAAUACAGGUAACAUUGAAUUUAAGGAUAUUUCCAUGAAGUAUGCACCAGACCUUCCACUUGUGCUUCAAAACGUAUCGUUUAGUAUUUCUAACAACGAGAAGAUUGGCGUUGUUGGACGGACUGGAUCUGGAAAGUCAUCGCUUAUCCAAGCGCUUUUCCGCAUGGUUGAAGUUGAAAGCGGAUCUAUUGUAGUAGAUGGCAUGACUACUGGUAAACUUGGUCUUGCGGACCUAAGGUCUGGUCUUGGCAUCAUUCCACAAGAUCCUAUUCUUUUUUCUGGUACAUUCCGCCAGAAUCUGGAUCCACUUGGAAGCUAUACGGAUUCAGAACUUUGGGGAGCACUUGAACAAGCCAAUAUUAAAUCCAGGGUUACAGAGGCUCCUGGUGGUCUUGAUGGCGAAGUACAAGAGAAUGGUGAAAACCUGUCUGUUGGGCAGCGUCAACUGAUUUGUCUGGCGCGUGCAAUGCUCAAGAAGCCACGUAUUCUUGUAAUGGAUGAAGCUACUGCCAAUGUAGACUAUGAGACGGAUGCAAUUAUUCAAAAAUGUCUGCGAGAAUAUUUCUUUGAUUCUACCAUUAUUACUAUUGCCCAUCGACUAAACACGAUUGUCGACUAUGAUCGUGUCCUUGUAAUGGAAGCUGGACAAAUUGCCGAGUUUGAUACACCCAAGAAACUCAUGGGAAUAGAGACUGGCAAAUUCCGAUCCAUGGUUAAUGAUACUGGAAAGCAAAACAUUACCAUGUUUACAAAAAUGCUGGGCCUGGAAGCACCAUCAGAUGAAUAG